ACAUUCAUCCCACGCAGCGGAUAACGGUCGUUGUCCGGCAUGUUGCGUAACAGCGAAUUCUUCACAGCAUUCUCUUCGACAUCUCUUCUGUCUCACCAUCAUCGUGUGUAUGUACGCUCUUCCCCGUUUCACGCAUGCAACGGCGCACGGACCGUCGACCGAGGUGCAUACACGUCAAACAAUCUUUCCAUCAAAUUCUCGAACGACGGACUCUCAAUAAUUGUUCGCCUAUGGGAACUGCCCCUAUUCAUUACUAAAACCAACCUCCUGUCUAUGCCCAUCUCAUGGCCUCCGCAUCGCUUGCACGUCGGAACACCAGGCGGCAUAAAGGACGCAUCGGAUCCAGGAUCAUAGCACUCUGGCGGUAUGGACCGUCGCUCAUUUUCUGUGUAAUGCCUUUCCCCUAUAGCGGAUAACGCCCUCACCGACCCACUCUUACCAGAUACGAUGACCUUCUCGUUGAUUGUGGAUUGCGUGCCGCAUUCUCUGGGGAUAAAACUCUGGUUGAUCUUUGCGCUGCAAGCUGGCAUCUUUUCCCUCCGUCCUCCAUCCACCUACCUCCUAGUGUGAUGCAGGCUGCGCCUCCCGAGCCCGUUCGCGAUGAAGCUGUCCAGCAGAGUGUCGGGCUCCUCUCUGAGCAGCCUGAACAGCGGAAGUCAAAGGGAAACCCGUUACCUAGAGGGCAAAUCCUAAUUGUCAUGCUGGGGCUCAUCAUCGAGCCCGUCGCGUCUGGCUCCAUAUAUCCGUACAUCAACCAGAGAACCAGAGAAGCGGGAACGGGUGAAAGGACAAAAGGGCGCUAUUACGCAGGGCUCAUAGAAUCGCUGUUCUUUUUUACGCAAUUCCUCACAAUAUUGCACUACAGCCGCUUGUCGGACCGGGUGGGCCGGAAGCCGGUCUUGCUCUUGGGAACCUUCGCCCUUUCGUUGUCUAUGCUCUGCUUCGGGCUCUCGAAAACGUUCACCACAUUGGUGUUGAGCCGGUGUAUAACUGGGGCUCUCAAUGGGAACAUCGGUGUGAUGAAAAGCAUGAUGGGCGAGAUGUCCGACUCGACGAAUAUGGCCCGGGCGUUCUCGCUCAUGCCUAUCGCCUGGUCUACCGGAGGUGUCCUUGGCCCUGCCAUCGGUGGAAUUUUAUCCCGUCCGCAGGACCACUGGCCCCAUCUCUUCAGCGGGGCGUUCUGGGCAGAGUAUCCAUACUUCCUUCCGUCCGCUAUUGCUGCUGGGUUCGCGAUGUUUACAUUCUUGAUCAUGCUUUUCUUCUUGAAAGAGACCCUUCCCCGCAGAUCUACACACGACAAAAGCGGGCUGCUCUCAGACCGCGAAGGGUCCGCCGAUGGAUAUGGGACGUUUGGAUCCUCAGAUUCUACCAAAACCGAUGACGAACCUGUCCCUCUACGUGCACUCCUGAUACCGUCGAUUCUGACACUCGUCGCCAACUACGGCGUGAUCGCGAUCUUGGAGACGUCUAUAUACGUUCUCAUUCCCCUUUACUUUUCGACGCCUAUCGAGCUCGGCGGUCUCGGAUUCGAUCCUCGUCAAAUUGGUUAUUGUCUUAUCAUCUUCGGCUUCAUCAAUGGUUUCUUCCAGGCCUUUUGUUUCGCCCCAAUCAUUGGACGGCUGGGACCCAAGACCUUCUUUACCCUAGGAGUCACCGCGUACAUCCCGGUCUUCUUGUGCUGUCCGCUUGCGAACUAUAUCACGUUCAAUCAGGGAAUGACGCCAACUGUGUGGGGCUUGCUGGCCAUCGUCCUAAUAUGCGCGGUUCUGCAAGACUCUUCAUUCAGUUGUAUCAUGAUGUUCAUCACGGCCGCCGCUCCGAACAAGAGAUCGCUCGGUGCGACAAACGGUCUUGCACAGAUGACGGGAUCCAUCGCGCGCGCCGUUGGACCGGCCGUUGCGACUUCGAUGUUCGCGUAUUCGGCGGGGCACGAUGUUAUGGGAGGGUACGCGGUAUACGUGCUGUUGAUGUUCGUCGCAUUUGGCUCGCUCAGGCUCGCUUCGUAUUUGCCGGAGGAGCUGGGGCAAAAGAGUUUGUAUUAGAUGGACAGAGUGCUACGCUCAGUCGAAGGUAUCGUGUAGUUUCCCUCGGGUUUUAUGGGCAUUGUCUUUGGGUCGCACUGGUUGACGUGUCAUAUACAGGAGUCAUCAGUUUUUGGUAGCGUUUUAGCUUUUCGUUCUUGCCAGUAGAAUGUGUAUAUAUCCCAUGCUAUAUAGUUCCGUGUUGUAACAUACCGACAUGAGUUCUUCUGAA